GUCUUCACUUGCGUGGCUAUCGCUGACGAGAUUGCUGGUUCUCUAAGAAACGGAGAUAUUGGUCCUUUCCAUGUCGGUUGAUCCCAAUUUUCCAAGAUUUUCUUUUAGCUCUCUCCUUCUGUUCUGUGUGCGUAUCUCUUUUUCCUCUUCCCCCCGAAGUUUACGUUUUUUCUUUUUUUCUUGGCUCUGUGUUGUUUUCGAUUAGAGUUGCUUCAAAUUCCCUUACACGGUACAACCCCAAA